GCGGCCGAAGGAAUGAGCUGGCAGGUGAUCUGCAAUUGUGCAGCCCAGUGCUUUUUCUCAGCAGUGGGCCAGACGAGCCAUCUCUCUGCAGAAAGGGCGAACGAUGGAUGGAGAGUGGACCCCACUUCCUGAAUGGUUGGUCAUGAAUGGUUCCUCAAUGGGCGGGCGAAGCUAGACCAGCGUUUCCACACCGUAUCCGUUCGCUUCCCUGCAGCCAUCGACACCAUGUCUUCUCUGAGAGACUGCUGAACCGUAACGCUGCAUACUUUAGUCUACACAGAUCUGGGGCCUCUGGAGUACUGAGCGAUGUGGAGGAUAAAGCAAUUUUCUUUGAAGGGUGCACAUCUCCUUCCGUCAGCCAUGUUCAGGUCGAAGCUUAUCGGGGAUGGUCUGAAGCUCACGGAGGUCUUGUGUCAUGUCGGCAGAUGCGAACGCUUCAGCAACGCCAGAAUUGUUCUGAUCGAGUCGGUGAAUCGAGAAGCCUGAGAUCUGCCGAUAUUUGUCAGUUUCAUCUGGACGCAGGAAGGAAGAUAGAAAUCCCGGAGAAAUAUUUGUCGCGUGAACAUUUUGCAGCUGCUCAAAAGUUGUCACCGUUGACCUAUUUCGUCGCCCUCGAGUGUGCCAGACUCGUUUGGUGGAUGGAGGGCUCAUGGAAGACAUUGUAAAGGAAAGGAGUGCCUCACUUCGCUUCCCCGACAGUGUAGUGACAUCUGCUUUAUGCAGUUAUGGAGUUAUGUAUGGCGUUUGCAUAGCUAUCGGUUGACAGUUGAGAGGGAUUCAAACUAUGUCUGUUUCAUCUCAAUUGAAACAUGAUAGCUCUGAAGACGCCACCCAGAAUUCCUCAACCGCAUAAAGCGUCGGAAAUCCGAACAAGUUCAAGGCUCAGGCUCAUCGUAAGUGCCGUCGUUCAAGACAACAAGGACGAACGACGAAAUCGAACCAAUUUCCUCGAUCGCUUAUAUAACGCAUACCUUCGAAAGCUUCCGAAUUUUUGCACAUCAGCGAUGCAUCGGGGGAACAUCAAAUGCUCGAUGCUUAUGCUCGGGAUGUCCAAGGAUGCGAAGGAGUUUCAGUCUCAAGAUUAUUCCUCUCAUGUCCCAAAGACAGCCUCACAGGUACUUGUUUCUGACAACAACUGAGCAGUUUGAGCCAUCCUCUGUCCGUGUAUCAGAACAUGCAACGCGGACACAUUCUCUAUAGCCUUCCAUAACUCUUGCUUCGAGUCUUCUGGAAUCACCAGUAUAAACAGUCCUGUGCCGACCGAUGAAGAUCACAGGUCAAAGCUGUCAGUAUGGCCUGGGUUUGAACAUGAUCGGACGACUUCCAGAAAAAAUGCAGUGUGGGAGCAGUGUGGGAUCAGUGGGAUGAUACGCUGUGAAGUGAGCAAAAUACAACGUCGUUGAGCCGGAGCUUCUGCAGUAAAUCUAGGUCUAGAUUACGAAACGUCUUCUCACUGUCGAGAGACGGAGGAAUGAGUUACCCCCAAACCUCGGUUUAGCCCAUAUCUUGGGGUAUUAGUCUCUGGAAGAUGACAUUAUGAGGGUGAGGCAAUUGCUCCUGAACAUUCCACGUCGUUUUGUGAAACAAGUGAAGCCCUACUAGGAGUCCUCUCGUACUCCUUCCCGACUGAGUGCGAGAAAUGGCCAUUGCGUUACAGGAAUCUGAGAACUGAAAUUUCCUGGAAAUCCUAGAAGACUCGGGGAUUAGAGCUUUGAAAGAAGUUGAACACUUCACAAUCCCAUUCUUGGCUGGUUCGUUCUCUCGAGAGUGUCUUGGUUGUGUUCAGCUGACAGUUGACGUGCCUAUGUGCAGUCGAUUUACGAAACAAACAACCCAACCAUCAACAGAACACAACUCAGACACUCUCGAAAGUAGACAAUCUACGGCGCGGACAAUUCUUCGAUCUCAGAUGGGCUCCUCAAUCGACAUUGACUUCCAAAUGCUCACCCAAGACAGAUCGACAGCGUCCGCAUCUGAUUGGGGCUCCCAGCCCGCGCCUGCCACACCAUGCCAUUGACCUAAUUUUGAAGUAGAAAUGGAAGUGUUUCAUGGAUCAUACGUCACUAGUUUUGUCCUUUGCAGGAAUAGUUUUGGCCUGUGGCAGCCGCGAAAUUUGUGCAGCCUGGAACUUCCCUCAUGCCGAAGAACGUGUGGUUACAGUUAGAAGGGUUCUCUGUGCAAGGGAUAGCCCCUGCACAGAGAAACUUUUCCUGAAAGAUCUAACUCUGUGGUAUACCCUCCGAGCCAUCUUCCUACAAUUUUUUCGAGGUAGGGUGAUCUGUGAUCUCAAAGUCCUUUGGUAUGCCAAUGACAGUUGUAAUCGUGGUGAAGGUCUGCAGUCGAUUCAAGGUGCCAUCACUUGCCGAAUGUUUCAGACAUCUGUAUUGGUUUUCAAGUUCAAACCCGAUUUUACCAUUUACCAUUUACAUUGAUAUGGCAUCGACGGUAUAAGGGUCAGGUGUGCUUGUCAUAUGCUAGACUCGAGGGCAUGGUAUGAAAAACCAAUAGUCAUAGGAAUGAAUGAUGUGAACGUGGUGCAGUGCAGAACUCAGACCUCUUACACGAACGUCAGUCACGUUGUACGUAUAAUUCGUCUGUGGAUAAUGGGAUCAACUCGUGUACUCUAUUCAGCACUCUGUCUCUGCCUCGCUCGUGUCCUCUGUCUGGCUUCUACAUCAAGGCGGUAGAUUCUCUGGUUGCACAAGUCUCUGAGACGAAAAUACUCGAAGCGCAAAGCGUUCGGAAGGGAAAUGUCGUUGAGAAUACAAUUCUUUAGCUUUGCAGGUUCUCAACGGGAAUCUGCCCUCCGAGACACGUUUGACUAUAUUGUCGUCUACAACCAGAACCUAGCACUUGAAGAACGUCGCUUCAAGAUAUGGAGAAUAUAUCCUUCACCAGUGGCGGCGGCCCAUUCCAUUUACGCGAAGAACGGGGAACUUAUCGUUCCAAUUUACUCUCUGCUGGCAAGCUUACAGGCUUCUGUCUUAGUUACCACACGGCCUGUUUUGCCUUGUCAACUUUCUGACCACUGUACUGCCUCGAAUUCGGAUGGAUUGCUCUAGCCUCCGGGACUGCUUGCUCGCAUAAAGAUUUCAAUCUUUGUUCACAAAUGUCACAUCGUUAAAUCUUAGGGCAAGCUAGACCAGAGAGUUGAGUGUGUAGAAGCAGAGUUAUAUGUAGGCUGAAGGAGCAAAUGCUAAUCUUCGGUUCUUUAUACGUGCUAAUCCCAAUUGUGAAGAUAAUACACUCCUGAGCACAUUACACUCGCCCUUCGUCUUUUACAAAUCAGUUUUUAUCCGGGAGAUGGACGAGAUACUUCAUAGUGGCGAGAUCCCAAAGCUUUGAACUAAUUACUUUGCGAUUGUCGGCCAUCUCUCAAACGAGUUUUCUUAUAAAGAGGCGCCGGAGGAACCGAGCCCAGUGUUAGCGACGCUUUCUAUGUGCUUGAGGAGAAUAUAGCAAAGAUGUUGCUGAUACAAGUCAACUACAGAUGCCGAAGACUUUCUCAACAUUCCCUGUCAAGGCGUAAAUACUUGGAAAUGUUGAGAAUGCAUGCAGAUUUGCUCCUGCAUUGUAGCAGAGCAGCCAAACCUCGUGUGUUGCAACCC